GCUGUGCAUGACGACAUAUCUGACCACCGGCGGUGGUAUUUGAGGUUCAUCAGGAAGUUGGGUUGGCUCGUCGUUGGGCUCUUGGCGCCGGAAUUCCUGCUAUACAUCGCGGUGGGCCAAUUUGCUCAAGCAAGAUCGAUAUUGAAGGAGGCCGAACGAACGUUCACCACAGAGUCGCCUUCACCAUCGUGGUUUCAGGAAUUGAUAGUCAGAUCUAGGUUCGUAAGGAAGUUGUUCGGAAUUCCGGAGUCUAAUCCGGGUUCUCCCAAUGAGGAUGCUGUUCCUCUGGUUCGGAGCGCGAGGGACGCAGUGAAGACCUUUCGUAGGCAUCGGUGGACGAUGACACAUGCGUUCUACGCUACCAUGGGCGGGUUCAGACUCGACGUUGUCGACGAAUCGGGUAGCCACUAUCUACCAGCCUGGCAAUCAGAGGGCAUCAUAUCGCCUUUCGGAAUCCUGUUCCUCAUGAAGCAUGAGCCCACGCUCAUCCCUGAUAUCUCUGUCGCAGACAUAUGGGACAAGAGCAAAGCAGACGGACUGGCGAAAGCGCUGCUCAUAUGGCAGCUGCUGUGGUUCAUCACCAACGUCGGGAACCGCCUCGGGCAUGGCUUGCCCCUCAGCCUCCUGGAGGUGACGACUAUCAGCCACGGAUUAUGCACAUUGUGGACGUAUGUGUUGUGGUGGAGCAAGCCCCUAGGAGUGCGGGAAGCGACGGUCAUCACGGGAGCGUCACAACUCGGGGCUUGGAUGACUAUGUUGACUCCUCUACACAGGUACAUGAUCGAAGGCCUCAUGUGCUUCCGUCGUGAUCCUGAAAUUGACAGCCUCGACGCUAUUCAAGUGAAGGAUCUGCUGGAAGCUGCAUUGCGGCACCAGAGAUCCGUAGAGAAAUAUCGGUCUAUCACGAUAUCGAUCACGCUGCCCGAGCGCGGUGCUACUUGA